AUGUUCGUCGCGAAGAGCUGUAGGAGCUAUGUUUGCUCCCUUUCCAACCAGAUAGAUGUCAUCGCGACGCUGCCCUGGUACGUGGAAAGGAUCCUUGUCUAUACGGCACCUAGUAGUGAUCACGGUCGCCUGGAGAAGAUGGCUGGCUCCCUGCGGACCUUGCGCAUGGUCCGCCUGGCGCGCAUGAUCCGUCUUCUCCGUGUGCUGCGCUUGGCCAAAGUCGCUCGUCACUCAGAGGUGAUUUCCAUCGUCCUGGAGAGUUUGGUGGAGUCGGCCACGGGGAUCUUUGUGCUCAUGUCCUUCGUGAGUAUGUGGGCCUUGGUUUGUGCCACAGUGGUCUAUGCCGCUGAGAUAGAUGCUCCGGACACGGACUUUGUCUCCAUCCCAGCAGCGUUGUGGUGGUCGAUGGCCACCAUCUCCACGGUGGGCUAUGGUGAUAUGGUGCCCCAUACGUCCAUUGGCAAGCUGGUGGGAGGAGUCUCCAUGCUUGGUGGUAUCCUCAUCACCUCCAUCUCGGUGGCGGUCAUCACCACCUCCUUCACUGAGCACUACCAGCAGCGAUGCAGAGUGCACGAGGUCACCAAGUUCAAAGAGUUGGCUCGGAAGCAGUCAGUCCUCAGCAUCAACGACGAGGCCACGCCCACAUCCAGCACGGCUGCAAGGUCACGUUCCCCAGAUGUCCUGGCAACUUGGCAGGAGCUUGAGGAGGAGGUGCAAAAGCAGUUGGUUCGACUUGAAGCCGAACUGCUCUUCCGGCCCUUGAGGAACAGGCCGACGGAUUAUCACGUGGCAUUGGAACUCUUGAAGGACUGCCUGAUUUGUUGGGCACCAGACUCUGACGUGGAGCUUUGGGGGCCCUCAGAGAAAGCCUUGGAAGACUUGCAGCGGGCCAUCCAAAGCGCUGAGCAACAGCUGAGAGGGAGCCUGCAGGAGACCUUCGGAUUGAAUCAUGAAUGGUUGGAACUGAAAGCCUUGCGUUGCGAAGAAGAGCUUCGCUCCGUCCUGGACUUCAUCCGGAGCUUGGGCUCGGGGGAGAGGGCGACCCACCAAGCCGCUGCGCCGGAAGACGUCUUGCAACUGUUUCACGCGUUGGACUCGGAUCUGCGCGAGGCACAAGCAGAGAUUCGCAUGUCCAUCGUGGCUGGCAUCCCACUGACCUCUCAGCAUCCCAUCUCAGGCGAUACACCCCUGGACUUCGCCAUCCUCCGUGGCCGCACCAGUUCCGUCCGCACGCUCCUGGCCUGCGGCGCCACGCCGUUUCGGCACACACGCGCCGAUCCGGCGGAGCUCUUCGCAGCGGCCGAGCACUAUGGCUUGGAGGACGUCGUGAGGCUUUGUUCUCAGUGGACGCGAACCGUGGAGGCCAAGCAGCAGCUCUUUGCAUCGGCUCACCAAGGUGAUGCGCUGCGUUGUGCGCAGCUGCUCCAGAUGAAGGUGGACCCUUCCUCAAGGGAAGAGGUCACGGGCUUCAGCGUAUUGGAAUGGGCUGUGCUUUCACCUGCUUUGAAUACAGAUGUGGUACUUUGCUUGUUGCCCUACUCUGACUCCACCGCCAAGCAGUCGGCCUUGCGCAUGUCGGCCAUAUAUGGCGUGGGACUUGGCGUCCUGGAGGGUCUCCUGGGCGCGAACUGCGACCCCAGCCUGUGCGACGCUGAUGGAUGGACUCCAUUGGAUUGGGCCAUCUCACAAGGUCACGAGGAUUUUGCCUUGGACCUUCUCCAGUAUGGAGGGCCUCAGCUGGCAUACGCCUGCCGAAGACCUUUGGCCUCUCUGGCGCGGGUGGCCCGCAGCCAUCCCCAUCGAUUGCACCGCUUAGCCCAGUUGCUGGAGGCUGAGCCCACUGCCGUUGCAGAGGGUCAAUUCCAACAGAUCCUGGUACAGGGAGAUGCGACCGAGCUACUGGAGCUGCUGCUGCGAGGAACGCUGCAGUUGAACGCUCCUUUGCAAGUUUGCGCUUAUGCUGGGCAUUGGCCUUUGGAGUGUUCCUUGUGCCUGGAUCGUUUUGAUCUGGCCCUGCAGCUCCUGCGUUGGCACGCCGACGUCCACACGGCCGGCGCCUCGCUUCCAGCGGUCCUGCAGCGGGUGGCGAGUAGAGCGACGCCCGAGACCGGUGACUUGCUUCGACUGCUGGCCGCCUCCUCCGCACCGCCACCAUCUCGGCCGCCACGGCCGCCACGGCCGCCACCUCGGCCGCCCAUCGCCGUGGGCUGA